GCGUCGGGCGUCUGUCUGUCUGUCUGUCUGUCUGUCUGUCUGUCUGUCUGUCUGUCUGUCUGUCUGUCUGUCUGUCUGUCUCUCAGUCAGUCGACGGCGACCUUGGCGGUGGCCCUGCGUUACCGCCAUGGGCCGGCCCUGGCAGGCGCUGCGCGCCUUGCGCCUGCGGCUCCUGGGGCCCGAGAAGGAGCUGGUGGGCACCGACCAGUUCGGCAACAAGUACUACCGGGUGCCCAAGCAUGAGACCCGCGCAGGGCAGAUUAUACCAGAAAGAAGAUUUGUAGAAGCAAUAAAUCGUCAAGCAUAUCAGUAUGAAAUGGGUGACUUUCCAACAGAAUGGGAAGCAUGGAUAAGAAAAAAGAGAAACGAUCCACCCACCAUUGAGGAGAUUCUGAAGAAUGAAAAUUACAGAGAAGAAAUGAAACAGAAAAUCAAAGAUGUAUCCGAAAAGGAUAAACUGCUUCAGGCCAAGGAAUACAAGGAGGGACUUGUUGCUGAACCAGUUCACACUCAGGUUAAAGGCCACGCGUCAGCCCCUUACUAUGGGAAGAAAGAGCCUUCGCAAGACCCAACGAGCAUCGCCAGCACCUUUCAGCCAGGUUCCUGGAUGCCACCAGGCAGUGGUAGUGGUCACAAUAAGUAAACCACUGCAAUGUACAGAUAUUGCUAAGAUAUUUUAAUGGCCAACAUAAACAGCUGUUAUAUGUAAGUAAGUGUGCAAUAAAGUAAUAUUAAAGCCAUUUCAUUGAUUUUUGCAGAACUGUUCAAAUAGGCUUAAUCACGACAAACCUACUGCAAAAUGUUUGGCUUUAGUGGAAAACAGGAUGUGUUACUAAGUAAGUUUGUUUUUGACAGUUGCUGUUCAUAGGUUACUUGUAAAAUCAUAGGUAAGUUUUCUAGCUAACUUAAUUCUCUUAAAUAAAUCUAAAUUGUUUUUUCCUUGAAGA